AGAGAGAGAGAGAGAGAGAGAGAGAGAGAGAGAGAGAGAGAGAGAGUCAUUGGAAAUUCAUAGUCUCUCUCGCUUUUCAAACGACCAGCGUCAGAUGCCUUGUACAACAUUUUUUAUGUGCUCGCGUUCAAGAAUACGAUGUUUCGUUGCUUAUAUAAAAGGUGUAACACAAGUUUGUGCAAAUAUUUUGGGAAAUGAAAGAAAAGUAAUUUUGGGUUUCACGGAUUGGCUCCGAGGGAUUCUUCCUCUUCUCCGUUGCUGUUCUGACGAAAGUCUCCAGAUAGAUAUAUUAUUAUUACUACUGCUUCUACCACUAAUGAUAAUACUAAUAAUAAUAAUCAUCAUCAUCAUCAUCAUUAUCAUCAUUUCAAGUAUGAUUACUGCUACUAAUGAUAAAGGUUUUAACCAAAACGUGAAAAUUAAGGCAAAAAAAAAAUCAUAGAAAAUUUUUACGAAAGAUUAUGUCACAACAGGAUCAAUAAUAAGGAAUAGAACAUCAGCAAACUUUUGGUCAAUUUAUCUAAAAACAGAGAGACUCGUGUAGGUAAUCUCAGGAGGAUAUUGGACUUGAUAAAAUUCAAUUUGAGAAUAUGGUAAAGAGUCGAAGAAGAUUACCGGUGAUUCCUUCGACAGACCUCGAUCCUCCCGAAGGACUGCAGGAGCUGGUCGAGGAUCUGGAGACUUUCGUCAGAAUAGCAACGGAAAAGAGGAAGAAUCCCUCGGAGCCAAGCCGUGAAGCCCCUUCCGGAGUCUUCCAUGGAAUGAAGACUUUGUUGGCCCCAGGAACGAACGCCUUCAGAGCCAGAAUCCAGCGUCCGUUUGAAAAACUAAGUAUGGAGACAGCGAGAGUCUACGGGUAUAACGCUUCAUUCAUCAUGAUUGCCACUUAUUGCUUUUUGCUACUUGUGCUGAGUUUCUUGUGCUGUGACAUGUACGCUUCAAUCUGUGAGGACUGUGUAAUAUUGUUUGGUUCUCAACGGAUUAAUGUUGGCGUACAGGAAAUAAUACCAUCUGAAAUCUUUGAGGAACAACCCAGCAGCAUUGAUGCGCCUCGCUUUGCUCUCGUCAUCCCUGGGAUGGCAUUGUUGGCGGGCUUGGCGCUCGCUGCUUUCUGUUGUUACCAGAUUAAAGGAACCCGAGUUGACGACCUGGAAGAAAUCGUUUCACUAGAAGACAGCAUGGAAACGGAAGGCAGAGAAGGUAAUGACGACAGUGAAGAUGAUGCAGAAUUGGACAAUGAUGACGACCUGGACACCGAAAUUGACGACGACGAAGACAGCCUGGAAUUGGAAGAUGAAGAAGAUAUUGACCUGGACAAUGAUGACGACUUGCACCCCGAAAUGGACGAUGAGGCUAGGCUGGAAGACAGCCUCGAAUUAAAGGAAAUUUACGACACCGAAGAUGUCCUGAGCACGGAAACGGAUGAAGAGAUGAGACCAAAAGAGGACCUGGAUAAUUGUGAAGUCGCCGUAACACAAAUGCAACACCUCUGGAAAGAUGCUCAGCAGGAGAUCGAACUGCUCCGAAAGCAGCUACUGGAAAGAGAUCUGCUGCUUGAAAAGAAAGAAGACGAGGGCAAGGAAAUGAAAAGUCAUUUCGAAAAGGAAAUAAAUGAGAGAGACGAAAAAAUCGUCAACCUCCUCCAACAAGAUGAACAAUUCAGAGGUGAAAAGUACCUGUUGGAACAGGAUUUAAGAUUGGCUCUAGAUCAGCUGGACACGACGGAAAGGACAAAGAAAGAGCAGACGUCGAAAAUAAACUCACUGGAGAACCACCUGCAGGAAAAAGACCUCUUGCUCAGGAGGAGAAACGAGGAGGAGAGCGAGAUGAGACGGCUCUUCCAGCAGGAGAUGGCUGAAAAAGAGAGAGAGCUGGAGGCCACCUUACAGAAGGAAACAGAACUCAGCCUGAAAUUAAAGGAAAGUGAAAAUACUAAUGAGUUACUUGACCUGGAGAACGAAGAGUUCUGUAUGAUGACUGAAGAGUUGAGGAACGUUUUAGCUGAGAAAGAGAAGGAAGUCCACCUUCUGAAAGAAUCCCUCGCCUUUAAAACUAAAGAAUUUGAGGAAGGUCAAGACCAGUGUGAAAUAAUAAAGAGACGAGUGAAGGAAGUUGAGGAUGAUAACUCGACUCUCCGAGAAAAGCUGAGGAUCGCUGAAGCAGAGAAUGUUAACAUUCAGCACAUAUUAGGAGAUGAGCUUCAAGCGAUGAAGAACUGGGUGGCCGAACUAGGAAGAGAAAAUGCAAAGACUAAAGAAGAGUUAAAAGGAAAGGAGCUGAAAAUAAUGUUACUGGAAGAGUCUUUAGAACAGAAGGAAACCAUUCUGCAAGAUGCUCUCCAUCACUUGAAAGACAUUGAAAAGUUGUUGGAAGGAGCAAAGGAAAAAGAGAAGGAGAUGGAGGCUUCUCUAACGACCUUAGAAGCAGAGCUCCAGAAGAGGAACCUUCAAAUCGAAGAUUUCCUCACAAAAGAAGAACAGUCAAGGUGUGAACAAAAAGAAUUCGAGGAUAAACUAGACCUAGCUCUCCAUUAUGCAAUGGAGUUGAAGACGUUGCUAAAGGAAGCAGAAGAAAGGGAGAGAAAAAUCAAAGAUGAUUUAGAAGAACAGAUGAAUAAAAAUCAUCUGUUAGCUAAAGAAAAGGAAGAUGAAGAAACUGAAAUAAGAAGGCAACAUCAGGAGACUCUGAGGCAGAAGGACAAAGAAACAGAGAAGCAGCGUGAAUGCCUGGAGGAACUCCAGGAUAACUUGGAAAGCGCUCUGCGUCAAGAACAGAGCCUGGAACGCUUGCUGGAAUCUAAAGAAGAGGACCUCAUCUGUUUGAAGAAGAAGGAGAGUGAAGCCCAGCUGGAAGUACAGCGACUUCUCAAGGACUGCGAUAUGCUGAAAGAAAAGAUUCAGCUACAGGAGCAGAAUAGAAUGAGAGAAGAAAAGCGUCUCAGUGAGCAACUAAGAACACAGGAGGAGGCUUUGAGGGAACAUGACAAAUACAUGUUGAUGAUGUUUCUACAUGGGACUGCUCAGAGGAAUUUCCAGCUAGAACACAUUGCGCUGGAACAUGGAGAUGAUAUGAUUGAAGAAGGGAAGCGAGAUAAGUGCACAGGAGGAACAACAGGAAGGAAAGACAUAGGGCAUGAGGAAGACCCCUGUGAGAAGGCCCGUGAGACAGAAGAGAAACAACGUAAGGAGUACUGGAAUGCCCAGCGGGAGAAGAACGAGGAUUACGAGAAACAAUGGGAGGGCCUCAAGCACAUUGUGGAAGAUGUUCUUCACGGAGAUGAAUAA